AAAAACAUGUCAUUCGAGUGCGUCGAGGUUUCUGUCACUCCGCCACCUGGCAUAUCAUCCUCCCUUUUCUUCAACAACCUUGACACGCUACCUCCUCUCCACUUCCACUCUUAUUCAAUUUUCUUUCUCUUAUAAAAAACCACACACCCCACAUUUUAAAACAGAGAAGAUAGUACCAUCUUUCAGUUUUUUUGAUUUCAGUUGAGGAGUGAUGGGUGCAGACCAUGGUGAAAACGGAGGAAGCGAUGAUUCUGAGAAGGUGGAAGUGAACAUAUAUCCUUUGAAUUCUUACUAUUUUGGAUCCAAACAUGCCAUUCCUUUCAAAGAUCAAGACCGUCUUCAAAGAUUCAAAUCCAAUUAUGCUGACCGUGGAAUGCGAAUUAAUGUUGAAGCUGCUCUAAUGGUUGAGUUGUUCAAACAUCCGCAUUUGUUGCUGUUGCAAAUAAAAAAUUCCAUCUAUAAACUUCCCGGUGGCCGUUUGAGGCCAGGUGAAUCAGAUACUGAUGGAUUGAAGCGUAAGCUGGCAAAGAAGCUUUCUGCUGAUGAAGAUGAGGCACAAUGGGAGGUAGGAGAGUGCCUUGGAAUGUGGUGGAGGCCUGAUUUUGAAACAUUGAUGCAACCUUUCUUACCACCUAAUGUCCAACAUCCAAAGGAGUGUACAAAACUCUUCCUUGUAAAGCUUCCGGAAACUCGAAGGUUCACAGUGCCAAAGAACAUGAAGUUGCUUUCGGUUCCAUUGUGCCAAAUUCAUGAAAAUCACAAGAUAUAUGGGCCAAUUAUAUCUUCAGUCCCACAGCUACUCUCAAAAUUCUCUUUCAACAUGAUCGGAAUUUAAACCUUAACCGCCGUUAGGCAUCCAUCCAGUUCAGUCCAAUCUUCUAUAGGAUUCCAGAUAUGGAAGGACUUGUAAAUAUCAUAGGUUUUUAUACAACAUUGAUUAUACUAUAAUGUUGGAAACAGAACUUUAUAUAGCUUUGAGUGGUUUUUUCACUUGAGAUAUACAAGUUGUUGAUGAUAAUUUGAUUAUUUCUUUGUUACAAGUGCUCAGAGAAGAUGUUGUAUCAGAUUUCUCUUCAUAUUUUUAUCAGUGAGUUUUGAUUGUGUUUUAAGA